AUGCUCAAGAUCCGUUGCUCGUGUCGUUUGCCGGCCAUGUUGAGCUGCUUGUGCCCGGGGCCCGCGCCGAAAGAGGACAAGGUAGCUGCUGUGAGUCCUGCAGGCACUCGAAGUGCCUCCGGUGUGUCCAGUGCAGGCAGCGUCCGGGUCAUUGAAGAAAGGCAGCUCUUUGUGAGUGAACCUGGGCCGCAGAUGUUCGGCAACGGCCCCAAUCCUUCCAAGAGCUCUUGGGAGGGUGAGACCUGGUCGAACCGGAACUGGUUGAAAUCGCGCUUCCAUUUCAACUUCGCGGAGUACCACAACGGCCCCGGGCAGUUUGGCGUGCUGCGCGUGAUGAACGACGACCUGGUACAGCCCAAGCGUGGCUUCGGUACCCAUCCACAUCGGGACAUGGAGAUUAUGACCUUCAUCAUCCAUGGCCGUUUGACCCACAAGGACUCCAUGGGCACUGAAGAGACGCUGGGCCGGGGCGGAGUGCAGUUCAUGACCGCGGGCCGCGGCAUCCGCCACAGCGAGCACAACCUGCACGGGGAGCCGCUGCGCUUUGUGCAGUGCUGGGUCAUGCCGCGCAGGCGGGGCCUCGAUCCGGCCUACGGCUCCCACAGCUGCAGCGACGAGGAGCGCUUGAACCGCUGGGCCCUGGUGGCUGCGGAUGCGCAGAACACGCUGCGUGCGCCGGUGCGGAUUCAGCAAGAUUGCAAUGUGUUCAUCUCAGAGUUGAAGCCCGGCCGCACGCCCGCGGAUGCUUUGAAGAUUGAUGACGACCGUCAAGCAUAUUUGCUCUGUGUGGAAGGUAGCGUCCAGUUGAUCGACGGCCAGGGUAAGGUACACGAGAUGAAGCAACACGACGGCUCUGAGUUGAAAGGACCCUUGGAGUUGGCGCCAGAGGCAGGUGCGCAGGGCGCUUUUCUGCUGCUCUUCGAGAUGCCCAAGACCUCGGAUGGACGCGGAUGCAAUGAAACUAUGAACGGGCAACUCCCUUUGCUGCUUUCCGGUCAGCCAGACAACAGGUAUUGUGGUUUCCACAGCUACUUGAUGUGUAAGAACCUCACGAUGGUCGAAUUUGCCUACCCCAAGAAGAGACGUCAAGCGUAUGAUGAAGGUCUUUGUCGCAACUUAGCCCAGGUCCUGGGUGAUUGCUGGCUCUUCUGGCUCUCACCCUUCACGGGUCCCGACGGGACCGGGGUGGAGUGGGGCAUUGAAGAGGAAGAUGUCCCAGAAGACUCCACAAAGUUUCUGCAGACUUCGAUGCAUCUGUCAUUGAAUGGAUCCCAUCCAGGCACGUAG